CUCCAUUUAUACAUCCCCUUCACCAAUUCCACCUAUAUCCAAAAUGACCAGUUCCUCCACCACAGAUGAGGUCCCUCCCCGGACCUCCAGUCCAGCUGCCGCCGCCGCCGCCGCCGACUCCGAACCAGAGGCAGAGCAAGACACACAGCCCCAGCCAGAGCAAGACGCAACCCAACCCGCAACCACCUCCGCGACAGCAACCGCCCCAGCCUACUCUCCCAUCUACGCCACCGCAGAACCCAGCGACCUCCCAACCCAAGCAACCAAUUCCCUGGACACCCAAGUGCCAUUGACACCCGCAGCAGCCACUACCACCAUCACCACCACCGAAGACCCUCCUCCAACAACUACAUCUACAUCUACAUCCCCACCACCACCCCAACCAGGCGCCCACCCUAUCCCUCCCCCGACAUCUUCCACUGACCAUCCAGCUCCAACAUCCACCACCUCAAACCCUUCACCACCACCACCCCCUGCACCCAAACCAGCCGAACCUCCUCUUCCACCAACCAUCACACCAGCACCAGCACCCGCACCCACAGCAUCCUCCUACACCCCAACACCCCCAUCCAGCCAUACCCACCCCCAAAGCUACAGCUACAGCUACGGCAGCUACGGCAGCUACCGACCACCAACCCAAACCCAAACCUCCAACCCCAUCCCUAACUCGACCACAACACCCUACGGCUCCCUCUACCAGCCCCCCACGACAGCUACCACGACGGCCACUACGACAGUGACUUCUGCGGGGGCGCAGCUGCCACUGCAUUAUGAGCCGGAUGCGUCGUCGUCGGGGAGAGUGGAUCUGGGUGAUGCGGAGGGUGGUGAAGAUGGAGUGUGGGGGUGGAUGAGGUGGGCGGGACGGAAGUUGGGUGAGGUGGAGGCGGAGGUGUGGAGGAGGAUUAAUGAGGUGCAUGAUCGGUGAUUUAGUUCUUUAUUUAUUUAUAUAUAGGGGUGUUGGUUGAGGUGGGGAGGAUGUUGGGUAGGGUAGGGUUGGGAUGUGUAUGUAUGAUAUGGAUAUCUGUUGGGGUGGGUGGGCGUUGGUUGGUUGGCUGGUUGUUUGGUUGUUUGAGUGUGUCUGAUUAGAUUACUACUACUAGUCUUUGCUGGGAUGGGAAGGGAACGGUAUAGGUUGUGCUCGGGGUUUGGAUUGGGAUAAAAAGGUGGGUUUAUUUGGGCUUGUAAAUCAAGUAGUGUCUUGGCCUUGAAUCAUUUAUGUUAUUUAACUGUCGUGAAUGAGAUAAACCAAAGAGCAUACUAAGAAUUUGUUUAGUUAUAUACUACAAAC